GGUGCUCAGCCUGGGGACAUCCCUGACCCUUCUCUUGCUGUCCUUCCAGCCUGGUGCCAUGACCCUGCUGGGGCUGCUGCUGGCCCUGCUGGGCUGCACCAUGGCUCUGGAUCCUGCCCUGGAGGAGGUCUGGGAAAGGUGGAAAAGUCUCCACUCCAAGGAGUACCCAGAGGAGGUCGAGGCCAUCCGCAGGGAGGUCUGGGAGAAGAACCUGAGGAGAAUCCAUCAGCACAACCAGGAGGAGUCACAGGGACAGCACAGCUUCCGCCUGGCCAUGAACCACCAUGGGGACCUGACAGAUGAGGAGUUCAACCAGCUCCUGAAUGGCUGCAUCCCAGCUUGGCAGGAGAAGCCAAAGUUGCUCUUCCAGGAAUCAGGGGCCCUGAAGACCCCGGCAGAGGUGGACUGGAGGGCAAAGGGCUCCGUGACACCCGUGAAGGACCAGGGGCACUGUGGGUCAUGCUGGGCGUUCAGUGCCACGGGGGCCCUGGAGGGCCAGGUCUUCAAGAGGACAGGGAAGCUGGUGGUGCUGAGUGAGCAGAACCUCAUCGACUGCUCCCGAAAGCUGGGCAACCACGGCUGCCAGGGGGGCUACAUGACCCUCGCCUUCCAGUACGUGCGUGACAACGGGGGCUUGAACUCAGAGCACGUCUACCCCUACGUGGCCACGGACACCUCUGGCUGCCGAUACAACCCCCAGGACAAGGCAGCCAACUGCUCAGACAUCUGGCUGGUGGCCCGGGGCAGUGAGGCAGCACUGGAGCAGGCAGUGGCAGUUGUGGGUCCCGUGUCUGUGGCAGUGGAUGCCAGCAGCUUCCACUUCCACUUCUACAAGUCUGGAAUCUUCAGCAGUGUGCUCUGCAGCCAGAGGGUGAACCACGGGAUGCUGGCUGUGGGCUACGGCGUGAGCCAGGAGCAGGGGCACAACAUCAGCUACUGGAUCUUAAAGAACAGCUGGUCAGAGGUGUGGGGUGAGCAGGGCUACAUCCGCCUGCUGAAGGGCUCCAACAACCAGUGUGGGGUGGCCAACCAGGCCAGCUUCCCCCUCCUGUGAGCCAGGACUUUCCUCUCACUCUCCUUCCCUGGCUGCAGAUCCAGGGCUGUUUUCCUUCUGGAAAGGAGCUUUUGUUUGUGUGUGGUGAGAAGCAAUUAAAAAUGG